GCGGGGGGCGCUCCGAGGGCUGCGGGACGGGACAUUCUGGGACGCGACAUCCCGGGACGGGGUGGAGCGGGACGGGACAGCCCAGCCCGCGACACCCCGGGCGGCGGGGCCGGGCCCUGCAGCUGGCGGAGGCGCGGGGGCGGCGCUCGCGACGGCAGCCGGGACUUCCUGUGACGGCCCAUUUCCUGGUCGGAUGGGGCCGGCGGGGGGCGGCGGCGGGGUCGCUCCGUGUCCCUGUCCCUGACGGGCUCGGUGGCCGCCGGUGACGCCGCCAGGCAGCGAUGCGGGCCCCGGGCCCUGCCGGCAGCCGGCCCCCGCCGUGACCCGGUGGGGCUGCGCACGCCGGCCCCGCGGGGCGCAUGGAGGCACCCGCUGCCCUCUGCGAGGUGUGAGUCCCCGGGGGACAGCGCGGCUCGGCCCCGCCAGGCGAGCGGCCCCGGGCCCCCUCAGCGGCCGCGGCAGGAGCCAGGAGGGGCUCGGGACCUGACCCGGCAUCGCCCGCAUCGCCGGCAGCUGCCGCCUCCUGAGACAUGAAGAAGUUCUUCGACUCGCGCCGGGAGCAGGGCGGCUCCGGGCCCGGGUCGGGCACCAGCGGCGGCGGCGGCGGCAGCAGCGGCCCGGGCAGCGGCUACAUCGGCCGGGUCUUCAGCAUCGGCCGGCACCAGGUCACUGUGGACGAGGUGCUGGCGGAAGGUGGCUUUGCAAUCGUGUUCCUGGUGAGGACGAGCAAUGGGGUGAAGUGUGCCCUGAAGAGGAUGUAUGUCAAUAACGAGUACGACCUGCAGGUCUGCAAGAGAGAGAUCCAGAUCAUGAGGGAUCUCUCUGGCCACAAGAACAUUGUGGGCUACAUUGACUCCAGCAUCAACUCUGUCAGCAGUGGGGACGUGUGGGAGGUGCUGAUCCUCAUGGACUUCUGCCGGGGGGGACAGGUGGUGAACCUGAUGAACCAGCGCCUGCAGAGCGGCUUCACCGAGAGCGAGGUGCUGCAGAUCUUCUGUGACACCUGUGAGGCUGUGGCCAGGCUGCACCAGUGCAAGACUCCCAUCAUCCACAGGGAUCUGAAGGUUGAAAACAUCCUGCUGCAUGACCGUGGCCACUAUGUCCUGUGUGACUUUGGGAGUGCUACUAACAAAUUCCAGAACCCUCAAACAGAAGGGGUGAAUGCCGUCGAGGAGGAGAUCAAGAAGUACACGACGUUAUCCUACAGAGCCCCAGAGAUGGUGAACCUGUACAGUGGCAAGCUCAUCACUACCAAAGCAGACAUUUGGGCCCUGGGCUGUUUGCUGUACAAGCUGUGCUACUUCACCUUGCCCUUUGGGGAGAGCCAGGUGGCCAUUUGUGAUGGCAACUUCACCAUUCCAGACAACUCUCGGCACUCCCAGGACAUGCACUGCCUCAUCCGGUACAUGCUUGAGCCAGACCCUGAUAAGAGACCUGACAUUUAUCAGGUCUCCUACUUUGCAUUCAAACUGGCCAAGAAGGACUGCCCGGUGCAGAAUGUCCAGAACUCUCCAAUCCCUGCUAAACUCCCAGACCCAGUUAAAGCAAGUGAAGCUGCUGCAAAGAAGAGUCAACCAAAGGCCAGGCUCACAGACCCCAUCCCUACGACAGAAACGUCCAUAGCACCCCGCCAGAGACCUAAAGCAGGACAGACCCAGCCCAAUCCUGGGAUUCUGCCCAUCCAGCCAGCCCUGACACCCAGGAAGAGAGCCACAGCCCAGGCAGCCAUUCAGCCACAGGGCCCGGCUGCCCUGGGCAGUGCCCAGCCCUCGCUCCCUGCCAGCACCCCCCAGCCAAAAGCAGCUCCCCAGCAGCCUCCAGCCCAGCCCCAGGCCAAGCCAGCAGCAGCUCCCCAGGCACAGCCCCAGGUCCCCUCAACACAGCCCCAGGCCACCCCUCAGCAUCAGCAGCAGCUUUUCCUGAAGCAGCAGCUCCUGCAGCAGCAGCAGCAGCAGCAGCAGGCUGCCUACUUCCAGCAGCAGCAGCAGCAGAUGAUGCAGGCACAGCAGUUCCCAGCGAUGCAGCAAGGAGCGCCCGCGCAGCAGCAGCUGAUGCAGAACUACUACCAGCAGCAGCAGCAGCAGCAGCUGCUGGCCCAGCAGGCAGCCAUGCAGCAGAAGAGCACAGCAGCAGCAGCAGCAGCAGCUCAGCAGAAGCAGCAGCCCCUGGCACCGGCCCAGCCCGAGGCACAGCCCAGUGCGGCAGCGCCGGCACCGCCGCAGGAGCAGGGGGCUCAGGCUCAGGCUCAGGCCCAGGGGAAGCAGCAGCAGCAGGCCCAGGGCCCAGCCCCAGCCCAGAAGCCGGGCUCGCUGACGCCGCCGUCCUCGCCCAAGGCGCAGCGCGCGGGGCACCGCCGCAUCCUCAGCGACGUCACCCACAGCGCCGUCUUCGGCGUCCCCGCCAGCAAAUCCACCCAGCUGCUGCAGGCCGCCGCCGCCGAGGCCAGCCUCAACAAGUCCAAGUCUGCUUCCACCACGCCCUCGGGCUCGCCAAGGACCUCGCAGCAGAAUGUCUACAACCCUCCUGACGUGUCCACGUGGAACCCCUUUGAUGAUGACAACUUCUCCAAGCUGACAGCUGAGGAGCUGCUGAACAAGGACUUUGCAAAGCUGGGGGAAGGGAAGGCCCCAGAAAAGGCAGGCAGCUCCACAGAGAACCUGAUGCCAGGUUUCCAGCCCGCUGCGUCCGCAGCCCCGGCCGAUGCGUUCGGGGGCUCUUCCUUCACUGCUGGGCCAGCUGAAAAAACGAAAGACAUUCUGAGUUUGGACUCUAACCCUCCUCUUCUGACUGUGCCUGAUCCUUUCAUUCCUCUCCCGUUAUCUGACACCCCAGAGAAACUGAUUGAGGGACUCAAAUCUCCCGAGCCUGCGCUGCUGCUCCCCGAGCUGCUGCCUCUGGCUGACCCCUUCGGCAGCACGUCAGACGCUGUCAAUGGAAAAGCUGACGUGGCAGUGGAGAGCCUGAUCCCGGGGCUGGAGGCCCCUCUGCCCCAGCGCCUCGUGUCCCAGAGCGAGUCCCUGGCCUCCAACAGAACAGACUCUCUCACUGGGGAAGACUCUCUGCUUGACUGUUCUCUGCUCUCUAACCCUGCUGCUGACCUCCUGGAUGAGUUUGCUCCUGUAGCUUUCUCAGCUCAGCCUCACAAAGAAGAUACUAACCUGAUAUCAGGCUUUGAUGCUCCUGAGGGCUCUGAAAAAGUGACAGAAGAUGAGUUUGACCCAAUUCCAGUGUUGAUAUCCAAAAAUUCACAAGGUGGGCAUUCUAGAAACAACAGUGGAAGCUCUGAGUCCAGUCUUCCCAACAUAGCCAGGUCUUUGCUGCUGGUGGAUCAGCUCAUAGACCUGUAGCAGUGACACAGUAGCAGACGCAGUUUCUGUAACGUACCCAAACCUCCGGUUUCCUUGCCAGAAGAGUUUCCUUCCCUUGUGCUUCUUUGGGGCUUUGCCUUUUUUUUUUUUAUUUUUUUUUAAUUUUUUUUUUUUUUUUAAUUUAUUUUAUUUUUUUCUCCUUUAAUUAAGAGAAAAAUCUGCCAACAGGGGACAGUCACCCACCUCUCUGCCUGUCUUCCCGUGCCCUGGGGAAGAUUCUGGCUGAGUUCUCCAGGUAGAGCUGUUCUCUCUGAAGCUGGUAAAGCCCUGUGGGGUUCCCUCUGCACUGUCCCCUGGCUGUGCACAGGGAGCUGUGGCUGCUCUGUGACCUGCUCUGGGUGUGGUUUUGGUUCUGUUCCCAUUUCCUCACGGCUGGGCAGGAGCAGGAGCCAGGUGACAGUGGCAGGGACAUCCCUCAGCUGAGGGACACAGGGUAGGAGAGCUGCUGGCUCUGAACUGCUUCAGAGGAGGAGGAAGCCCUGAGCUCCUCUGGAGCAAUCCAGCCAUACUCUGGUGAUGGUGCAUGUGAAGAGUUUCCCAGCUGCCCCCAGUUCAUGGUUUGCUGUUUAACAAUCCUGCUGGGAACAAACUGCGCUUCCUGGGGGAGGGAAAACCAGAGAAAAGGAAAAAGGAAACAACCAGAUUGUUAAAGCUGCAGAAAUGAUCGUAAGUGAAGUGUAACAAGGUUUUGAACCAAAUCCAUGUGAGUAUGGCUGUGACUAGUGUUUCACUGACCUUUCUUUGGGUGACAAGGGUGCUGUGGCAGCAGCAGAUGUAUUUUCUGUGAGUUCUUUUCUGUGUUUGACUGGGAAAAAAAGAAAAACCCCUCAACCUACUGUAAAUCGUGUAUGAAACAAAUUGUCCUACGGCUGUUUGUCUAUUUUUAAUCCUGGUUUUAGUCAAGCAUCUGGUAUCUGUUCUGGGUUCUCCAUUUUCUCUUGUAACUGCUAUAGUGCACCCCAGUUCAGUAUGGAGCCAUUGUUUCAGUAGACAAAGAUUCCUGUGGGCCUCCCCCAGUGUCUGUGAGCACGCAUGCCCUCGGUUCAGGUGGUUUGAAAUCAGUGCUGCUACAGCUCGGUGGGUUCUCCCUGUCCCCCCACGCUUGGUUUGUCAAUAGCUGGGUACGCUCAACCUGUUUCCCCUGGCUUAUCAUGGAGUCUGGAAUUUCUAUCUCCUAUUUGAAAGCCCUCUCUGAGCAGAAGGACUCUUCCUCUAGUGGAAUUCUCCCCAGCUUCCUGCUCCCUGUGUUUGUGUUUGUAGCUGUAUUAGUAUCAGUGCAGUUCCCACGUGCGAAAGUGUGAGCGACUGAAUGUGUCUGUGCUGACGUCGCUGACAGGGGAAGAACCCCAAGUUUGUGACUCCUCCUUUCCUCUCUCCAUCUUCUCCCCACCCAACACUUAGUUUAACAAAUUCUGUACAUAGAACUCCCAUCGGUUGUGUCUCUACAUUACUCUUCUUUUAAAACCUACACUUAUUAAUAAAAGUAUUGCUUAAGUGUGUUGUAUCAUUACAUGUGUAUACUGCACUUUCCAAGAGAAGCUUUACAUGAGAACUAUGGAAAUGACCUUAGUAAAAUUGUGGAUAGAACUUUAUUAUUUUUUUGUUUUAUAUUCCUAAAGCACAGGCAAGCUGGACUGGAAAACAUGAAGACGCUAUAGAUAGAAAGUUAUUGUAUAGUCAGAUACUGAGAUUAUAUGAAAAGAGAAUGGAUUUUAAAAAGUAACCAUCUACUGUAUAUUAGAAACAAAGAUUUCUGUGAAUUAAAGUACUUUUAAAGAAUGUUUAAGAUUUUAAAUCUAAUGGCACUUGUUCAAGGGUUCUGGAAAAAAUGACAAAUGCACUGGGUUGUUAAUAAUGCUAUUAAAUAAGCAGAUGUGAAUGUUUACUUUAUUGCUUUUUCAAGUAGCUGUUCAUGGGUGUGGGUGGAAAUACGAUAGAGACGUCUGUUCUCAGAUCUCCUUUAUCAGAAAAUAUUCACCAUGUGUUUGCAGAGUGAAUGGAAAUGAGAGAUGAGUGGAGGUUGGGGAUUCAUUUUAAACUCUCCAGAAACUGUGAGUGUCCCAUGGGCUCUGGGUUAGUGCUGGUGCUGCUCAGAACUGAGAGUUUGUGUGAAAUCUGCCUCUCUGAGGGCACAAACUGAACUUCACCCGGGUCCCAUGGGACACAUUUGGUGCCUGGCAUUCCCCUGAGGGGCUAAGAAUCUGUGUUGGAGCUUGGCUGGACCAGGGGAGGUGUUCCUGUCCCUCUGAAGGGCUGUGGGGUCAGGAGGUGUUCAGUGGCAGCAGCAGUCCCUGGAGUCCCAGCAGGGCUGUUCUGCUCUGCCAUCAGCAGAGCCCUGGUCCUGUGAUGGCAGAGCCCUGGUCCUGUGAUGGCAGUGUCCCUGUGAUGGCAGUGUCCCUGUGAUGGCAGUGUCCCUGUGAUGGCAGAGCCCUGUGAUGGCAGAGCCCUGUGAUGGCAGUGUCCCUGUGAUGGCAGAGCCAUUGUCCUGUGAUGGCAGUGUCCCUGUGAUGGCAGUGUCCCUGUGAUGGCAGAGCCAUUGUCCUGUGAUGGCAGAGCCCUGUGAUGGCAGAGCCCUGUGAUGGCAGAGCCAUUGUCCUGUGAUGGCAGUGUCCCUGUGAUGGCAGUGUCCCUGUGAUGGCAGAGCCCUGUGAUGGCAGUGUCCCUGUGAUGGCAGUGUCCCUGUGAUGGCAGUGUCCCUGUGAUGGCAGUGUCCCUGUGCUGGCAGAGCCAUUGUCCCUGUGCUGGCAGAGCCCUGUGCUGGCAGAGCCCUGUGCUGGCAGAGCCCUGUGAUGGCAGUGUCCCUGUGAUGGCAGUGUCCCUGUGAUGGCAGUGUCCCUGUGAUGGCAGUGUCCCUGUGAUGGCAGAGCUCUGUGAUGGCAGUGUCCCUGUGAUGGCAGUGUCCCUGUGAUGGCAGUGUCCCUGUGAUGGCAGUGUCCCUGUGAUGGCAGAGCUCUGUGAUGGCAGUGUCCCUGUGAUGGCAGUGUCCCUGUGAUGGCAGUGUCCCUGUGAUGGCAGUGUCCCUGUGCUGUGAUGGCAGUGUCCCUGUGAUGGCAGUGUCCCUGUGAUGGCAGAGCCAUUGUCCUGUGAUGGCAGAGCCCUGUGAUGGCAGUGUCCCUGUGAUGGCAGAGCCCUGUGAUGGCAGUGUCCCUGUGAUGGCAGAGCCCUGUGAUGGCAGUGUCCCUGUGAUGGCAGUGUCCCUGUGAUGGCAGUGUCCCUGUGAUGGCAGUGUCCCUGUGAUGGCAGAGCCCUGUGAUGGCAGAGCCCUGUGAUGGCAGUGUCCCUGUGAUGGCAGUGUCCCUGUGAUGGCAGUGUCCCUGUGAUGGCAGUGCCAUUGUCCUGUGAUGGCAGAGCUCUGUGAUGGCAGUGUCCCUGUGAUGGCAGUGUCCCUGUGAUGGCAGUGUCCCUGUGAUGGCAGAGCCCUGUGAUGGCAGAGCCAUUGUCCCUGUGAUGGCAGUGUCCCUGUGCUGUGGUGGCAGCAGGGGCUGGAGCUGGCAGUGGUGCCAUUGCCUGUUCUGGUGGAUCUCCUGUCAGGGAACUGCAGACACAACCACAGCACGUGGAGCAAUUUCCCUUCAUGUCAGGGUUGUGCUUUGGGUACAGGAACAAACUCUGGCUCUGGGUGGAAAGGUUCAAAGGAAUAGUUCUUGUUCUGGGGACAUCUCUGCUCUGGGGCUGGGCUCAUUCUGGGGAUAUCUCUGCUGUGGGACUGGGCUUGUUUUGGGUCAUCCCUGCUGUGGGGCUGCUGCUCCUGCCAGCACAGGGUUGGGGCCACCCCGUGGAGCUGCCCUUGUGUUUUUCUGAGGGUCCCUGCCUGUACCUUGACCAGACUCUGUAAGCUCUGCCUGGGGCACAGCACAGCUGAGGGGGAGCCAGAGGAUGCCCUUGGUGUGCAGGGGUCAGGCUGCUCUGUUCAUGAGCUGGUGUGCUUAACUCCUGCCUGCUGCAGAUGGCUGUUCAAGUGUGCUUGAACUACAGCAUUGAAUUCCUUAUCCUCUGGAGCUGAGGGCUCUGGAUCUGCCUCCAGGUCCCCCACUGUGACUGGCUUUGAGCAGAAACACUUAAUUCUGCAAAUUGUCCAGUGCCACAGGUGUCCUGACCUUUGGUGCUGUGCUGUGGUACCUCUUGCUGGAAGUGCUCUGUGGGGGUAGCUCUGUAUUGCUGUUUAAUGAGAUUGCUUCUAGGAAUUGAAAUAGUUCAUUUCUAGGAACUGGAGUGCAAGAAAAAUCCACAGUGCAUGAAUAAGGGAGUGAUAGGUCUCUUAACCCCUUUAAAAUUCCAAAUCCAGUAAUUUUGCACACUGCUAACUGUGCUGAUCUUUAGCAACCUGUUCCUGGAUGUUGAGUCCUGCCUGGCUUUGGCUUGAUGAAAUCAGGAGAGUUUCCUGGUGAAAGCAGCUUCAGACUCCAGGAAUUACACUGUCUCCCCUGACCUUUUUUUGGGCUGUGCUACAGAUGUGAGAUCCUCACCAUUGUGGUGACUGCUUUGCCUCUUGGAAUAGGGAGUAAGUCUUUCCUAGUUUUCCUCUUGGUUAUUUCAGUGCUCUGCCACUUCAGGGCACUGUUUUCCUUGGAAGCUGGGGAAGCUCCAGGUGCCAGGGCUGUCACUGGGGUAAAGAUCUGUCUGAAUACCUCCAGAGUAUGUUCCUGGGGUACUGAGUGAUGAGAGGGCUUUUUUGAGGUUCUCCCUCUUGAAAAAGCGCCUGAAUAUAGUUUGGAAUCUUUUUUAGUAUGUAUAUCUGACCCUGGAAUCAGAUACUACACACUGCUGUUGUGCAGGGUUAGGGAGAAUCCUCAUGUCCAAGCUCCAUCUUAUGUAAAGAUUUCUGCUGUAAAGCUCAGGCUGUUUGCAGUGGGCAUUCCUUAAACCUCCCUGAAAACCUGAGGGAUGCUUCCCCAGGGAGUAACACCCAGAUUGGGAGUCUGGAGGAGGAGGGGACAGACAGGAGCUGCCUGGUCUCAGGAGAGGCAGGUGUUGGGAAAUACUCCCUCUGCAAAGGGGGCAUCUCUGCAGGGGCCUUAUGGGGCUUUGCUGUGUCAAUCCAGGCAAAUCACCUGCCUGCUUCUGUCAGGUCCCCAUGAACAGAGAUGGGCAGGGCUGCAGACCCAAAGGCACUGCCUCAGCUCAGUGAGAUUUGUCCUUCACCCUCCUGCUGUCACCAGCUCGUGGAGUGACCCCUUUUCUGUCAUUGCAUCCAGGCCUUUUCCCAGAGCUGGUCUCUGAUCUCAGGCCUGCCAAAGCAUCCAGCAGCACUGGCAAACUGAAAUUCCCUGUGGUCCUGUAAGUCAAGGACACUUCUGUAGUGCUGGUUGGCAAGGCCUGUAGUUACAGCUGCUUGUGGGACACUGGCCUUGUCUCGUUUUCUUUUCCCUGAGCUUCACACAGGGUUUGGUUUGAUGGUAUUUCAGGAUCAGUGUAGCCCAAACCCUUUUUUAAUGUGAUACUCACAGCUGGAGAGAUGUCUGAGUCACCAGCCAGGUAACCAGGUUAACUAAGGUAAAAUGCUGGUAUGAUGUUUUCUUCGUUGUUGUAAUGAUGCUGCUGUAGCUCCUUCUGGGACCAAGGAACAUGGUAAGGAAAAGCUGCUGAGACCAGUUACAGUGGGAAGGGUCUGGAGGUGCCAGGUCUCCCUGGUUCAGCAUUAGAGAAACAUUCCCUGGCAGUGUAGGUGGUGCUGCUGCCUUGUCAGUGAGUCCCCAGCCUCCCAGGGACCAUCCCUGUGUCUGGCUUUGUUGUGUUCAGGUCUCUGUGGCCCUUCCCUGGCAGUGUCACUCUGCAGCUCUGACUGAAAGCAGCUCCUGCUGAAGCAUCACAUAGAUUCUGUCUCCCAGAGUAACUCAUUACUCCUGUCCUGGCCUUGGCAAGGGAGAACACUGCUGCUGAGCAUUUGAUGCCCUUCUCAUAUGAAUGGGCAGAGAGAGCAUCAGAAAAAGUAAUUUUUCCCAGAACAGGGCAUUCUGCUUAUGCAGUGUCCCCACAUCCAGAGCUGCAUGCUGCUCAGCAGAUGGGUUUGGAUCCUGUCCUCCCUCUUUACUCUGUCCCAGAUGUCAUGGCUCGUGUGGGCACAGGCACUUGCUAAUGCACAUCAAAGUUAGAAAGAAAAUUCCACCCAAAUGUGCUGUUCUUGUGCAGAGUGGGCCCUUGGUCUGCAUGACCAUGCUGUCCAUGCUGAAUGCCUUUUCCUGGACUGGAGGACCUGGAGGUGUUUGCAUGAUGUGGGAGCUGGUCUUGCUCUGGCUCAGCCUGUAUCUCAGAAUGUCACAGGGACCCCUGGCCAGAGGGGGCUGCACUGGAGCCCUGCUGCUCCUGGAAUCCCAGAGUGGCACCAGAGAUAAAACACGGGCUGCAGGAGGCACAGAGGGGAUUUUUGUGCAGUAACUGGUCAAAUGUUUGCAUACCUACGCUGUCUUUAUUUAGCAGUGUGAUGUUCCCAGGUGAAGAGCUUCCCAAUAAAUGCUGGUUUUGAUGCCUCAUGAACGGCUGUGUGUCUUCACUUGUGAGCAGUGAUGGAGAAGGGGGUAAUUUGUGUGAUGGAGAAGCAGUGCCUGAGGGCUGUGAUGGAUGUGUGAACAUGAACAGUGACCCUGGGCAGGAUUUUCCCUGGGUGAGGUUCUGUCACUGCAGGGUGUGUUGGUUGGUGCCUUGCUGACCCUGGGUACCAGCCAGCCUCCUCACUCUCCUCCUUCUUGCUGCAAUUCCUGCUGUUUUAGUUUUCAUGUGAUUUUCUCCUAUCCUCUUGCUAACGAAUCCAAUGACACACUUCUAACCUGCCAGUAGUUCUGUGAAGGUAAGAGAUCUUCUGUUUUGUCUGUGUGAGUCCUAAGGCAAACCCAGCCUCCUGGUGGGCUCUUGGAGCUGGAGAAGGGCAGGACAGCCUCUCCCCCACUGGUUGUUAUGCUAAUACAGAAACAAGCCAGGUCACUGGGGCUUUGGUCCUUGAUUUGAAGUCCUAGUAUGGAGUGCUUAAAAACCAUUUGUCUGGCAGUGGUUAAAAAGAAUGGCUGCUACUAAAAUAGCUGCUACUUAGGAUUCACAAUAAGCUGUAGGCUGACCUUCAGUCUUUGAAAUGGGCCUGUUGUUUUAGCAGGUUUUGGGGCAUCCCCACACAUAUCUGUGGGCUGGCCUACAGGGAGAGAGAAUACCCCAAGCAAUAGGUGUGCUUGGAGAGCAGCAGUGCAGGAUGGAAUGACAGAACUCUGCUUGGGAAGGGAAAGCCCCUACUGGUGGCUGUUGUCCUCACGGGUGGGUGGGACAGAAACCUGCUGGGAUGUGCUGAGGGUGCUGUGUGUGCCCAUGCGUGUGUCAGACAUCUCCCAUCCUCUGAGCAGUGUAUCCCUGGGCCGGGUUGCAAACACCUUCCCUGGCACUGUUUUUUCAUUGGUUUGCCCUCCCUGUCCUGCCCAUUUUCCAUGCAUGGUGGUUUCCAUCGAGCAGCGUGACAUUCUGGUGUGACGUGCCUCUCAUUGUGACUGCUGACAGCAGCUGGAGCUGCUGCACUGACGCUCUGCUCUUGU